AUGCCUUUCCUACCAAAAUAUCUCCGCCGAGGAGAUUCCAGCCAGCAGCGUGGCAGACCUGAACCGCGAACAUCGAGACCCGGGCGACCUUCCACCGAGCGAACAUCAGACGAACACAAGAGCAAAAAGCGACGACGCGUAGGCAGUCCAAGUCCUGUUCGGGAGGCUACACCUGUUACGCAGACUUCAGACGAUUUGCCAGAGAUCGGUGGCAUAGAAGACUGGGUAGAAGAUGCCAUUACACAUGAGGGUGGCGAAGAGGCGCCUCCUAUCGAGCCUCAGAACGCGACGGCACUUUUGGACAAAGCAAUUAUCGAUGCCAUAUCUAGCGAUCAGCCGGCUGUGGACGAAUUGGACCUUACGGAGCCCGCUCCCAAUGCCGUGGAUGUCAAUGCGCUCUUCCAGGAGAUGAUGGCGGAUCCGUUACAACUCUACCCCGGCAACGCUUCAGCCGAGCCAGCCAAUCUUCCAGACGCAUCGCUCAUGAUGAGUAUGGCGCAGGCAGCCAUGAACGUUGAUGAGGUUGAAUUCAUGGGUGUCGGAGAAGAGGAGACAAGAGCAGAUUUCGCUGCAACACCAGCCAGCGAUUCUACGAUGGCCCCGCCGCAACUCGGCCAGGCGACCGCGAUGCAUGAUCCUAGCGAACCUGUGCCCCAUGUACAGCGAGACUUCACAAUGUCACCCUUCAUGACAGCCUUCUCCGCCUUAUGUGACCACAACAAUAUGUCUCGGUCAAUGUAUGAGGAGCUUCGCAGUGUACUCAUGCUACUCGACCCUCUCCCAGCAGAGAUCAAGGCUCUUCCGAAACGAGUGGAGACUCUGAAGGAGUCGCUGCGAUCACAACUACCGGCCGUGCCUAUGCGGUCUCGUAUCCUCGAACUCGAUCGCUCUCAACUGCCGACCCGGGCCACACACACCGAGAAGAUGCUCCUGUUCGACAUGAAGGAGCUGUUCAAGUGUAUGCUGCAAUCCAAGUCUAUGCGCAGCUCAGAUCGCAUGUUCGUCGGUAUGGGCCAGUUCGUCGACAACCCUACGGAAUUGUGGCACUCUCCAUGUUGGCUAGGAUCUGUCCGCACUACAAGCGGUCAAUAUGCCCAUCUCAAGGACGGCAGCCCUAUUUUCCCAUCUGAUUAUAUUUGGUGGUCUACAGACAGGGACAGUUCGCAACAUCUCGCCCGCGUUCGUUUAGUUGGGGUUGACAAGACGUCAACCGCGAAAAAGCGAAAAACACUUGGCAAAAUCAUCAUCCAGGCGUCGCGAGUGUGCACGUUCGAAGAACUUGGGCCAGAUCUCCAACGCUUUGUCCACGAUGACGAUGCUCCAGCUAUAGAAGAUUACCAGACCGAGUUCUUCUAUAUAGAGGGCGAUUCUGGCCUCGUGCUGACUGAAGACAAUGUUCGUUCCGUCGAACAGUCUGUACACAUGGACUAUGGCUACGGUUUCAAAUCUCCGCUUCCUGAGACGUUGUCGUAUAUCCGUCGCGAUGAGAAAAUCGUCAUACGUCGCGUCAUCAACCCAACGAAGGGCAUUCGCGCCUUAUCUCUGUUCCCACCCCACCGAGCAGAACUAGAGCUGCAGAAGGAAGGCCGCUCACAUUUUGUAGAGAAAUUCGACAAGAACAAGGAUGAAGUCGUCUCACUCCCGAUGCUUUGUUUCAUCGACGCCUUCGGGCUUUACAAGAACAUGUAUCGCUCUAUAAAAGGAGUGUACCUGAUCAUGAGCUUCUUGGAUGAAGUAGAACGCAGUCGCAAGACCAAUGUCGUCCCACUUACCCUUGGUCCGUACGCCUCUAAUUGGGAGGACGUGGUUGACUCGCUUAUGCAUAUGCGCGAUCUCGACCGCGGUACCACAAUCACACUCCAAUUCGGCACCAAGCAACACAUGAGGAUGGUCGACGUCUUCGUAUGUGCUCCAAUCCUGGCGUAUACAGGGGAUAUGUUGCAGCAGAAUGAGAACUCCGGAUGCAAAGGCCCCACUGGAACGUAUGGCUGCCGACGCUGCUAUGUACCAACCGAGAUGAAGGGCGAUUUGGACUAUGACACCACCACCAAUGGCCGCUAUUAUCAUAGCACACUGCGCAUACGCGAACAGGCGAAAAGCCUCACCCAGAACGCGAGGAAUAAGCUGUUCAAGGACGUCGGCUUUUCUAGCAGCGAGAGCGCCAUCUACCGGAUAUCCCCAUCGCUUGAUCCUCUCCGCUCUACGCCUGGCGAUGCUGCGCACUCUGAGUUCAAGGGCUUGAGUGCUAACAUGCAGACUUUGUUGUUCCACGGUAUACUUAUAAAGCGCUUCCAGUCGGUUUUCACCGAGCUUCUCCAGGACAUUGGCGCCCCGCCAGGCUGGCCGCAGAUCCCCUCACCCGAAUUUCACGUUGGUUCGUACAACAUGCAGGAACACGGACGAGCGUCAAUUAUAUUCCCAGUUCUCUUGAGGAUCUGGCUUGAGGAUAGCUUUGUGGAACCUAAUUACCUAAAAGCAAUCAAAGAGCUCGUGGGUACGCGACUUUCAAGACCGAUUACUGGAGUUGAAGCAAUCGUUCAUUGCUUCGCCGCCUUCGCUCGCUCAAAUUCCAUACUUGUCUCCCCUGCCAUGAAGCGCAAGGAUAAAGAAGCUCUUCACGGCGUGCUGAUAGAUGGUCGGCGGGCGUACCAAGAUCUCAUGCGCGCAGCAGCAAAUGCAUCAAUGAGUAAGAGGGAUGCAAGAUUCGGAAGUCCAGCACCGGGAGGUCCUGGAUCUAAACGUAAGGCGAAGUCUUCCACUACACAGGCAGCAAGGAGAUCGUCGCUGCGCCAGACCACGCUUGCUUCGAAUGUCGAAGCAUCCCGCCCAUCACAAUCGCCUGCGCCAUCUCCAAUCGCAUCCCGUGAAGCAUCGCCGGUUCUAUCUGAGAUCGUUGCUCCAUCUGACGGAGUUUCUGUUGCUGCUGCCAGCGAUGAUCAGCGAGCUCUCAUACAAGCUGCCGGUCCCACGCGUCAAGAGCGAGAUGCAAUGGCUAUGCAGAGGACGAUUACAACUUACAUGAACUCGAUCGCUCUGCCCAAUGUCCACACCGGUUUACACUUCUUUGAUUGGGUCGCAGAAUAUGGGAGCGCUCGGAAUGUGCUGACGUUCCUUGGAGAGUACAAACAUUCCGAUUUCAAGACGUACAUUACCAAAACGAACCACCACAAUGCCUCAGCCACGCUUAUGCAACACGAACAGCGAUUGAUCACGAUGCAAUUCCUGUUGUCUGGUGCAUUCGAAUCGACCGAUCCAGAUCUCACCAAGACGCUCCGCAUCAUCAACGAAAAAUGCCCCAAACUCUUCGCACACCUCGGAGCGGUACAACAGGCGGGUCACAAUUUGGAUGAGGAUGUUCAAGCAUCGCUUGGUAUAGAAGCGGAUGACGGUCACCAAACACCACUUGUGUUCAAGCGCGUCGGAACCAAGGUGGUCAAGGACCGGGAGGAUAAUUUGUUGCAUAUCCACCGCCCGCAGGAUAUGCACAUGACGCAUCCCUUCAUCAACCUCUUGGUGAAGGCGUACUCAAAAGAUUACAAUAUCAAGAACCUCACAGAGCUUGGGAAGGGCAGCUUACAAUACUGCGAGCAGUUCUCGUUCCUGCCUCGGAAGGCAAAGCGGCGGGUUCAGUUCAAGGUCAACAACUUUAUUCGCGUACGCGACACACGUAUCGCGCGCAUCGACGGAGUCUGCGUUCACGAACUGCAUUCUGUCCAAAGGCUUUUCGCUAUCGUCACUUUAGUCAAAGGGGAGUUUCCAGACAUGGGUGUUCUCCAGGCUGCUGAAACUGAGCCGAUCGACCCUCUCUUACAGCUACCCAUUUUGAAGAUGGGUAAGAAGCGCACCAUCGUCGGACUUCCCAACAUUCACAAAGAUCGCAUGUGGAUUGUUCCCAACGUCAAGGAUAACAACAUGCUUUACGUACCUUGGGAUAUCUACUUUAUGUAA